CCAGAAAUUACACCGCGCUCGAAUUUACAUCGAACCUUUGGAACGGCCUGGUGACUUCCUUGACGAUCUUCGUACCUUGCCCCCAUCGUAUACUAUGCGAUUUUCUGUUCGAGCUCGUCGCAGCCGACCUCGACUGGGCAAACCGCCUUUCCACCAUAAGGUGGAAGAUGAAGGGAAGAAGGCCAUCUUUGAUUUCGCCUUGGGGUCCUCGCAAGCUGCCACAGCGAAUCAGAGCGAGAAUAAGGAGAAGGCUGAAGAAAAGGCCGGAUUCGACUUCGGUUCGGGCUCCUUUAGCUUCGAAUCGAACCCCCCCCAAGCCCAAUACACGUGAAUUCGAAUUCAGUACGUCCGAAUUUAGCUUCGAGUUGAACCCACCCCCCAAGCCCGCUACACGUGAAUUCGAAUUCAGUACGGCCGACUUUAGCUUCAAGUCGAACCCCCCCAAGCCCACUACAGCAGGAUUCGAAUUCGCUACGGGCUCCUUUUGCUUCGGUUCAGACCCCCCGAAACCUGAGCCGGACUCCUUCAACUUCGGGUUGGACUCCCUUUCAGCUGUCAAACCCGGUCAGAACGAAGAUACGGGUAGAUUCAACUUCGGUUCUCGACCUUCCCCAGCUGGGAACGCGGGCCACCUUGAAGCCCGGUUUCCAAAGGCUUCGCUACCGUCGGAUCUUCCGACCAUUACCUCGUACCAACUCGAUAUUGAGAAGCUGCAUGCCGAUGGCGAUAUGUGCGCUGGUCCAAACUUCAUACCACGUUUCCGCUAGUAUUGCUGUGAAGGCUUGAAGUACCCGGACCACUGGCGGCCCAGUCCUCCCCGACGAGUUCAUGGCUAAUCACUUUGCUUCAUGCUACGGCGUCGUUUCACUGCGUGUUUAGGGAUUGGUGGCAUACUGAUGUAAGGGGGGCUGCAAGGUACGGAUUUUGUUUGAGGAGAAGGAAGUGGGAUGAUCAAGACAUGUUGUCAGUCUCUGUUCGGUCAUCAAUGCCGAUUUCGAGUCAAGGAUUGUGGAAGAUGACCUGCAUCAAUGUGUAAGAAGGUUUUGGUGUAUGGAUAACAGAAAUGAAAGUCGCU